AUGCCACCGACGACAUCGACCAACAGGAAGACUCCAGCGAUGAAGACACUGAAGACAACACUGCUGUCACUCCUUAACAUGUUCCAGGACAUAUGUGGGUUCGCUGACUACUUGAGCGGAGUGAAAAGUGCAAGUCAGGUAACGGUUCGGCUGGAGAAGCUGGAUGAGAUGUGGGAAAAUGUAAAUGAUGUGAUCCUGAACAUCGAAACCCACGAUGACUACGACGAGGAGGAGGACAACUGUUCCAAGCAGCGGUCAGAGUUCAGUAGCAAGUACUAUGACUUGAAGUCUUUGCUAUUGGACAAGGUCAAGGAGUUCCAGGAACCACCAGCCCUUAACCAAUCAAACCGAAACCUGGAAGCGGCAGAUCAAGCUACCAUGGAGCGUGUGCGGUUACCUCAAAUCGUGUUGCAAACCUUCGACGGCAACAUCGAUGAUUGGUUGAGCUUCCGUGACCUGUAUUUGUCGCUCAUACAUAGGAAGGCAGACUUAUCGGAAGUGGAAAAAUUCCACUACCUCAAAGGGUGCUUGGCAGGCGAAGCCAAGUCACUAGUGGAUCCGCUGCCAAUUACGCGUGGGACUCUUUAA